CAUAUUCUGAAACUACUACUUGCACAACUCAAGCAACACUAAACAACAAUCUAGUUCCUGUAGUACUGCCACUCUCAACUACAAGCCCUUUUGUAUUUUGUGUGCGUUCUUAGUCGACAUAAAUGGAAACAAAAAAUGUUCUUUCUAGUGGAACUAAGUACUCAACUCUCCCUGAAACGUACAUUCGCCCUGAAUCCCAAAGACCUCGUCUGUCUGAAGUUGUUGAUUGUGAAGAUUUUAUUCCUGUUAUCGAUAUGUCUUGCACUGACAGGAACAUUAUCGUUCAUCAAAUUGGCCAAGCUUGUCUUCUUUACGGGUUUUUCCAGGUGAUAAAUCAUGACGUGCCAAAGGAGGUGAUAGAGGGAAUGCUAGGGGUAGCUCAUGAGUUUUUCAAGCUUCCAGUGGAAGAAAAGAUGAAAUUAUACUCAGAUGAUCCAUCAAAGACUAUGAGAUUAUCAACAAGUUUUAAUGUGAAGAAGGAAACUGUUCAUAAUUGGAGAGAUUAUCUUAGACUGCACUGUUAUCCUUUGGACAAAUAUGCCCCUGAAUGGCCUUCUAACCCCUCUUCUUUCAGGGAAAUAGUGAGCAAGUAUUGCAUGGAAGUUAGACAACUUGGAUAUAGAUUGGAAGAAGCCAUAUCAGAGAGCCUAGGCCUUGGGAAAGAUUGUAUAAAAAAUGUGUUGGGUGAACAAGGUCAACAUAUGGCUAUCAAUUUUUACCCUCAGUGUCCACAACCUGAACUCACAUAUGGCCUGCCAGCCCAUACAGAUCCAAAUGCCAUUACUAUUCUUCUUCAAGAUUUGCAAGUAGAAGGUCUCCAAGUUCUCAAGGAUGGAAAAUGGUUAUCUGUUAAACCUCAGCCUAAUGCCUUUGUCAUCAAUCUUGGUGAUCAAUUGGAGGCAUUGAGUAAUGGAAAGUACAAAAGUGUAUGGCAUAGAGCUAUUGUAAAUUCAGACAAAGCAAGGAUGUCUGUGGCCUCUUUCCUUUGUCCCUCUGAUUGUUCCAUUAUCAGUGCUCCGAAAGCCUUAACUGAAGAUGGAUCUUCAGCCAUUUAUCGAGAUUUCACCUAUACAGAAUAUUACAACAAAUUCUGGAGCAGGAGUUUAGACCAGGAACGUCGUUUGAAACUUUUCAAGAAGGUUUAUACAUGAGUGGCGCACGCAUGAUUUUAUGUGACCGAGAUCUCCUAAUAGUUAUCACAGUUUAAUUUGCAUGUAGCUUUGAGUCUGGGACUAGUUUUACUCCUUGUCUUAGUCCUCCCUCUAGAAAAUAGUAAUCGUUAAAACCUUUUCUAUGGUUAUACACACAUCCUUAUGAUAAUUUAGCAUCGAAAUGCUUUCACCUUAUGCUUUCAA